UUAAACCUGAACGUCAAUUCGCCGCAAUGGCGGACGGAGCAGCAGCUGUUGGAAUCGGUUCUGAUGUAAACACACCUGGUCCAGGUGUGAACACGGCUGGAAACCCCACAGAAAUAGCCAUGGCGUAUUUGCAAGACGAGAAGACUGAUGGUGACAUCACCAACCUGAACCUGGGAGAACUGGACCUCACCACUGAUGAGUUUAUCUUGGAUGAAGUGGACAUUCAUAUUCAGGCCAAUCUGGAAGAUGAUCUGGUGAAGGAGGCGCUCAGAACGGGUGUGGAUCUGCGUCAGUACUCCAAACAGGUGGAGACGGAGCUGCAGAGGAUUGAACAGGCGUCCAUCAAAGACUACAUUAAGGAGAGUCAGAACAUCGCUCUGCUGCACAACCAGAUCACCGCCUGUGACUCCAUCCUGGAGCGGAUGGAAGGAAUGCUGAGCGGCUUCCAGAGUGACCUGUCGUCCAUCUCCAGUGAGAUCCAGACGCUGCAGCAGCAGUCGGUCAGCAUGAACGUCCGUCUGAAGAACCGACAGGCCGUUAGGAGCCACCUGAGCCAGCUGGUGGACGAGCUGGUGGUUCCUGGAGCCAUGAUCUCCACCAUCCUGGACAGUCCAGUGACGGAGCAGGAGUUCCUGGAGCAGCUCCACGAGCUCAACAACAAGAUCAACUUUGCUAAAGAGCUGAGCUUCAGAGAGACGCUGGCCUGCUCCGACAUCCAGGACAUCGUAGACCGCCUUAAAGUCAAGGCAGUGUCAAAGAUCAGAGAGUUCAUUCUGCAGAAGAUCUACUCCUUCAGGAAGCCCAUGACUAACUACCAGAUCCCUCAGAACACUCUGCUCAAGUACAGGUUCUUCUACCAGUUCCUUCUGGCCAAUGAGAGAACAGUUGCCAAGGAGAUCAGAGACGAGUACGUGGACACCAUGAGCAAGAUCUACUUGAGUUACUUCAAGUCGUACAGUGGCCGGCUGCUCAAGGUUCAGUAUGAGGAGGUGGCAGACAAAGACGACCUGAUGGGAGUAGAAGACACAGCUAAAAAAGGUUUCUUCUCCAAACCGUCUCUGAAGAGCAGGAACACCAUCUUCACGCUGGGCCAGAGGGGAUCCAUCCUGAGUCCUGCAGAGCUGGAGGGUCCCAUCCUGGUCCCUCAUACAGCUCAGAGAGGAGACAGCAGGUAUCCCUAUGAGACGCUGUUCCGCAGUCAGCACUACGCUCUGCUGGACAACGGCUGCAGAGAAUUCCUCUUCCUGUCCGACUUCUUCAUGGUGGCAGGAAACUCAGCCCUGGACCUCUUCAACAGCAUCAUGGGAAAAACCCUCAGCAUGUUCCUGAAGAGUAUGUCCACCUACGUAUCCGACUGCUAUGACAGCAUCGCCAUCUUCCUCUGCAUCCACAUCAUCCUCAGAUUCAGAGCCAUAACAGCCAAGAGGACCAUCCCCGCUCUGGACAAGUACUGGGAGGCCGUCCUGGAGCUGCUGUGGCCGAGGUUCGACCUCAUCCUGGAGAUGAACAUCCACAGCAUCAGAAACACUGACCCUCAGAAACUAGGAGUUCUGGACACCAGACCACAUUAUAUCACACGUCGUUACGCAGAGUUCUCAUCAGCCAUCGUCAGCAUCAACCAGACGUUCCCUAAUGAGAGGACCAACGCCCUGCUGGGACAGCUGCAGGUUGAGGUAGAAAACUUUGUGCUGAAGAUGGCGGCUGAGUUUCCCUCCAGAAGAGACCAGCUGAUCUUCCUCAUCAACAACUAUGACAUGAUGCUGAGUGUCCUCAUGGAGAGGGCAGCAGAUGACAGUAAGGAGGUGGAGGGUUUCCAGCAGCUGCUUCUGGCCAGAACACAGGAGUUUAUCGAGGAGAUUCUUUCUCCUCCGUUUGGAGGGAUGAUCGCCUUCGUGAAGGAGGCCGAGGCUCUGAUGGAGAAAGGCCAGCUGGACCGACUGAAGAACGAAGAAGCUCGAAUCUCUCAGCUGGUUCGGGGAUUUUCCAGCUCCUGGAAACAGUCGGUGGAGGCGAUGAGUCAGGACGUCAUGAGGUCCUUCACCAACUUCAAGAAUGGAACCAGCAUCAUACAGGGCGCCCUCACCCAGCUCAUCCAGUACUACCACGGCUUCCACAAAGUCCUCAACCAGCCCACCUUCCGCAGCCUGGCCGUCCGCUCAGAGCUCAUCAACCUGCACCACCUCAUGGUGGAGGUCAAGAAGCACAAACCCAACUUCUAGCAGGGAGACGGUGACUCCUGGGUCCUCCCCGUCUCCUCCUGGGUCCUCCCCGUCUCCUCCUGGGUCCUCCCCGUCUCCUCCUGGGUCCUCCCGGUCUCCUCCUGGGUCCUCCCCGUCUCCUCCUGGGUCCUCCCCGUCUCCUCCUGGGUCCUCCCCUCCUGGGUCCUCCUCGUCUCCUCCUGGGUCCUCCCCGUCUCCUCCUGGGUCCUCCCGGUCUCCUCCUGGGUCCUCCCCGUCUCCUCCUGGGUCCUCCCGGUCUCCUCCUGGGUCCUCCCCGUCUCCUCCUGGGUCCUCCCGGUCUCCUCCUGGGUCCUCCCCGUCUCCUCCUGGGUCCUCCCCGUCUCCUCCUGGGUCCUCCCCGUCUCCUCCUGGGUCCUCCCCGUCUCCUGCUUUAGUCUAUCUCUGGAGAAGGUUAGCUCAGAUGUUAAGAAGAAGGUGUGAUCAUUGAAGAUCAGAGGUGAACCUGAGGAGCCCACACAUCUCCAUCUGUCUAAAUGUUGGUUAUAAAGAGGUUCCAGUGAUGUUCAGGGUGUUUUUGAUUCUUUAGUUUCUUUACAGCGACCAACAGAACUGAACCGAAUGAUGAAGAAAAACCUCCAAGUCCUGCUGAGUCAUCCUGUUCCUGUUAGUUAAAUCCUCAGAAAUAAGAAUUAAAUAGAUUCAACCUGUUACUUAAAUACUCGAAUAAUAAACAGAAGAAGGAUUUAAAUGA